AUGAAGCUUGCCCGAAAAUUUGAUUUGCCUAACCAAGAAAGAAGGGAUUCACAUGGAAUAUGCUUUCUUGGGAAGGUUCGACAUGGCCGUGUUUUCUAUGAUUGCAGUUUGCAUAUAGAAGAAAAAGAUGGUAUUGGCACUGUGAUGAUCAGGGUCUCACAGCUGGCCCAUUUGCAGCUUUUUAUCAACAAAGAGCUUUGUAUGGGGUCAAGGGUAAUUUUGGAAUCAUGGGAUAAUGCUAAGGGGUUUCUUGUUUCUGUUUCUGACAAGGCUCGUCAUAUUGCAAGAAUGGAAGAUAACUCUAAGCUUGGAAAAGAGGAAAAGUUAGACAAGUUAGAGCUUGCAGCAAAGAUAAAGUUGCUGCCAGAUCCAUGGACACAUGAAUCUGGAUUAGUGACAGCCGCACUCAAGUUAAAGAGGGAACAAUUGAAGGCCAAAUUUAAGGAUGAUUUGCAAAAGCUAUACGAGUGA